CUCUCGGUGCGCUGCGCUGCUGUGAGAACAAUAGUUCAGAGCGAGUUCGCUGGCCAGGUGCUGGGGUCGGAAAUACCUGUGCUUGUAGACUUCGUCGCCGAUUGGUGUGGGCCUUGCCGUUUAAUCUCGCCUAUAAUCGAAUGGGCUUCGCAGGAAUACAAUGGCAGAUUAAAGGUUGUGAAGAUUGAUCACGAUGCAAAUCCCAAAUUGAUCGAAGAGUACAAAGUCUAUGGCCUUCCAACCUUGAUUCUCUUCAAGAAUGGCCAAGAGGUUCCAGAAAGCCGUAGAGAGGGCGUUAUAACAAAGAUUAAGCUCAAAGAGUAUCUGGAUUCUUUGUUGAGCUCAACAAACGUUGUUUAAACUUUACUUCUUUUUGUAUUAAUUAAUUCUUUCAAGUAACCUGGAUUCAAUAUACUCUACGUUUUUAGAACUUGUCUUUGCCUGAAGCCUUUUCAGCGUAAUAUUUAUUUAUAGCAUAUUGUGAAAAUUUUAUUCUUGGCAAUAUUGGCAAUGAAUCGAGUGCAAUAAAUUUGACUUUCAGCUUA